AACGCAUCCUGUUUAUCAAAGUAAAUCGUCCGACACGCUUUGACAACCUCACUGUCGCGAUCAAGGAAUAGACCAUCCUACAUUGCCCCUCACAGUCCGUGCAUGAGAGUACAGUAGCCAUGUCGGGGCAGAGCGCGCCCAGCCCAGCGCCACGGAGCGCCAGCACAGGACCAAAUGGACCCCUCGCGACUCCGACUUCUGCACCCCUAGUGAAUGGCGUGGGAGGCGCUUCUGUUGCUGGAGCUUCUGUGCCCGCGCCUGCGACAACAGGGAGCGGUGGAGGUGGCAUGACCCAACAAAAUCUCAAUCAAAUUGUGAUUGAUUACCUCGCUAAAAAAGGCUACCACCGAACAGAAGCCACUCUGAGAGCAGAGUCAUCAAACCAAGAGAUCCCAAAAGAUGGCGACGUCAAGCCUACACCGACAGGUCCCCCUCGAUAUCACGAAAUGUUUGCUCGCCUGCGAGCUUGGACUGACGAUGCGCUCGACAUCUACAAGCCAGAAGUCAGGCGCCUUCUAUGGCCCCUGUUCGUUUAUUCAUACCUCGACCUUGUGCAGCAAUUCUACCCUAAGGAGGCAACCAAGCUGUUCCAGAAAUUCUCCGAGGAUUUCAAGAAGGAACACGAGUACGACCUACGAGGCCUCGAGCACAUCACGCUCCCCGAACAUGGCGAAAACAAGAUAGCGAAGCUCUAUCGCGAUAACAAAUAUCGCCUCUCUCUCAGCAACUCAGCAUUCAUCUACUUCAUGCAAUUUCUCGAAAGUCUGCCCCAGGCCGGCUACAAGCUCUUCAUUGACAUCGUCGAAAAACACCUGGACCUCCGCCAAGUCGAACGUGCCGCCGAUGACCGUUUCAGCUUCGCCUCCGUCAUCCAGCGCGGCAUUGAAGGCCAAGACAUGCCUGCCGAGGAUGAAGGCAUACCUGGCCACCGCCCUGGCAACGCCGUGUCAUCCACAGAUCCUAAUGUCGGCAACAACCUUGCGAACCUCAAACUAGGCAAAUUGCCAAUGGAAAAAGAUUGCGAGGAAGACGUCCGCGGCGACCUCAUGGACCUCGACCUUGAAAUUCCCCCAGCGCCGGGUCAACCAUCCCUCGUCCAAACCCACGAACAAGUCAACAUCAAACAGGAAGACGAAGACGAAGGACCCAGCAGAACCGAAAUUCCCUUCCCGCCGUCCACAGCCCGGGACGUGGCCCUCGAAGUCCAAAAGAUCCGCGAACACCGCGAUCGCAUCAAAAUCGAGUCUCGCACCGGUGGAAUUGGACCUGCCCUCAGCGUGGUAAUGUACACCUUCCACAAUACGCACGACAGCAUCACAUGCCUCGACUUCAGCGGUGACCAGAAUCUCGUGGCUGCCGGCUUCUCGGAAAGCUACAUUCGCAUAUGGACGCUGGACGGGUCACAGCUUGGUCCUGCCAUCGGUGGCCAGCCCCAAAACUCACAACGUCUCAUCGGUCACUCAGGUCCCGUGUACACCGUGGCAUUCGCUCCCUCCAGCUACAAACCAUCACCCGACUCUGGGGACACGGCUGCGAGGUGGCUCCUAUCCUGCAGCGCCGACGGCAGCAUUCGCCUGUGGAGUCUCGAUUUGUUCUCCUGCGUCGUCGUGUACAGAGGUCACGUCGGGCCCGUGUGGAGCGUCUCUUGGGGGCCGUUUGGUCACUACUUCGUGAGCGGCGGCCACGACAAGACCGCGCGCGUCUGGCUGACCGACCGCAUUCGGCAAGUUCGUCUGAUGGGUGGACAUGAUGAUGACGUGGACGUGGUCGCGUGGCAUCCGAACAGUAGCUACGUGUUCACCGCCUCGUGCGACAAGACGGUGCGCAUGUGGGCGCUCAACAAUGGCAACCCGGUGCGCAUGUUCACGGGACAUACGUCGAUGAUCACGGCGCUGGCUUGCAGUCGGAACGGCAAGAUCCUUGCGAGUGCGGACGAUACCGGCGUGAUCCUUCUCUGGGACCUGGGUCCUGGACGACUGCUCAAGAAAAUGCGCGGCCACGGCAAGGGCGGCAUAUGGUCACUUAGCUGGAGUGCUGAAUCCACGGUCCUCGUCUCCGGUGGGGCAGACUGUACGGUUCGCGCAUGGGACGUCACGGGUCCAGCGAAGGAGUCUGCAACAACGACGAGCAAGCCUGACGGCGCAGCAACUGCAGGAAAGGCCGAUGGUGCGGGUGCCAUGUCCGGUGUGGGAGCAAGCGCGCCGACGUCGAAUAUCAAUCUGACCUCUGGUACUGCGAGUGGAGCGCCCGGUGUGGGAGCGGGAGGAGUGCACAAGAAACGAGGAAAAGACGCGGUGGUCACGAGCGAUCAGAUCAGUGCCUUUCUCACCAAGCACAGCCCCGUGUACCACACCAAGUUCACGAAUAUGAAUCUCGUCAUUGCAGGAGGUGCCUAUUUGCCGGAGCAGGCGAAAUGAAUCCUCACAUAGCGACCAAAGCUGCUGAAUAGGAGAAACGAUACGAUUUUGCAUCGCAGGGGAACUGAACUGGAAUUGGAACUGGAACUGGAGCUGUCGCAGAAUUGAGGAUAUGGGACAGAUAAAGGGCGUGCAACGGGGCUUUGCUUUGGUCCUCGUGGUCAGAUAAAGGCCAUGACCUUGUAUGAUUACCUUACCCACAUGUGUCAUUGAGGGCUCUGGAGUGCUCUGGGGUUGGGUACAGAGGGCCACUCAUGGGAGUACGUGCAUACCUCGUCCUUACGCGCGACGGGCGCCCCCAGGACAAACGUCUUAAGCAUCAGGAGGGGGCAUGCCAUAGCAAUAUAAAAGCAACGAAGAUUAUUACUGCAAGUGUAUGGG